GGUACACCCACGUGAAACACAUUGCGCCCAAAGCGCGUUGCAAGAAUGCAAGUAUUGCGGGGCUUCAACGGGCUCGCGCCCAAGCACAGCUCCAAGCCCGGCCAUGCUGGACAAUCCUUAUAUGCUCUCCCAGUGCGUCCCCGGAUGCGCUGUGCUGCGGGCGUGGCGCCAGAGUCGUCUGGUGAAGUGGUCAGUGGCCAACAGGUCACGUACAGCACCGCGCCCUACUUUUCCGCAGCCAGCGCCCAGUCGGUGUCGAUGGAUGACUCAGGCCGCGCUCGCACGGACUAUGGCUUUGGCUUCAGUGCAGGCGGGCUGCUGUUCCCCUACUUUCUGGGCAUCUCGGAGCAGCUACAGUCCAUGAACGUGCUGCUGCCUGAGACGCCAGUGGCGGGCGCCAGCGCCGGUAGCAUCAUUGCGGUGUGCGCCAAGAGCGGCCUCAGCGAGGAGGAGCUGCUGGUGGCGUUCCUGGACCUGGCGAGGGACUGCCGACAAGGCGGCACCCGCACCCGGCUUAAGUCGGUGCUGCGGCGGGUCCUGGAGAAGGCCCUGCCCGACGACAUCCAUGAGCGCUGCAAUGGCCGCGCGCAUCUGGCCGUGACGCGCCUAUGGCCCGAGUUCACACCGCAGACGAUUAGCUCAUUCCGCAGCCGCACGGAUGUCAUCGACACGCUGCUCACAUCCAGCCACAUCCCCUACUGGUUCGACGGCAGCCUAUUCACCAUGUACCGCAGUGGCGUCUACUUUGACGGCGGCAUCACGAACUUCAUUCCCUCCACUCCCACGGACGUCUGCUACCGCAUCAGCUGCUUCCCCUCCCAGCAGCUCAAGGCAUUCAAGGGUAUCUCCCUCAGCCCGGAUACAUUCGAGCAGUGGCCCUAUGACAUGGGCACCAUGCUGGGCUGGGCCUUCGAGCCGGCGCCCGAGGACAUGCUGCUGAAGCUGGUGGAGAAGGGCAAGCGGGACGCGCGCUCCUGGGCUCUGGUCAAUGUGCCCGUGGAGCAGCUGCAGCUGGCGGGCGGCGGCCGGUAGCAGCUGGGCGCACGGGUGGCGUGUGUAAAUACCGGGCCAAACUCAACCAAACCAAGCCAACCUAGCGGAGCACAGGCAGAGGCAACAGUUUUGGAGGGAGGGCUUGGGCGGUGGGCACCGGGUGGGCACGUGAGCGAAAAGCGGAAGAAAGGCGGGCGCGAGCGAGGGUGUAAGUGCGGCACGUGGCGUAAUGGGUGGGCAUGAUGCAUGUGUUGCCCUGGGGAUGAGAUGGUGAUUCCGGCAGGCUUUGCCUUGUGUAUGAUUAGUGUUGAGCGCAGGAUGGAGUGAUCAGAGAGUGUGAUUGUCGUAACGAGAGACUGUGAAGAUGAGAAGUGAGUGAGAUUUGAGAGAGUUGGGCGCGUUAUGUUGGGAGUCGGGAAUGUGUUGCCAGAUUUGUGUGAUGACCGCUGGCGCUGGCGCUAUGAAAGCCCUUGUUUCCAUGCCUAUGCUGCUAGGCGCCAGCAGAGCACGCAGUUGGAGGAUGUUAGGGACAGGCUAUGCUGAGGUGAUGGCGGCACGGCGCUGUGUAACCCCGCAGUAUC